GGACCCCUGGGUCUGAGGGAGGAGGGGCUGGGGGCCAGGACCCCUGGGUCUGAGGGAGGAAGGAAUGGGGCCCUGGACUCCUGGGGCUGAGGGAGGAGGGGCUGGGGAUCUGGACUCCUGUGUCUGAGGGAGGAGGUGCUGGGGGUCUGGACUCCUGGGUCUGAGGGAGGAAGGGCUGGGGGCCUGGACUCCUGGAUCUGGGGGAGGAGGGUCUGGGGGCCUGGACUCCUGGGUCUGAGUGAGGAGACUGGGGGCCUGGAGUCCUGGGUCUGAGGGAGGAGGCUGGGGGCCUGGACUCCUGGGUCUGAGGGAGGAGGCUGGGGGCCUGGACUCCUGGGUCUGAGCGAGGAGGAGCUGGGCCUGGACUCCUGGAUCUGAGGGAGGAGGGGCUGGGGGUCUGGACUUCUGGGUCUGAGGGAGGAGAGGCUGGGGGUCUGGACUCCUGGAUCUGAGGGAGGAGGGGCUGGGGACCCAGACUUCUGGGUUUGACGAACGGGCUGGGGCCUUGAGUCCUGGGUCUAGGGGAGGAAGUAGGUGGGGUAUCUUUCUUGUCUUCUGGGGGAUUGGAGUUAGAGUGCCUGAAAGCUGCAAAAGCUAGCAGCUGAGCCUCCGGGUCCCUGCAGGAUUUUUCAAGCUCAGAGGGCAGUCUCUACAUCCCUGCAAGGGCUGAGGCUGGUGUACCGGACUGCGUCUCUUCCAGAGACACAGAUUGCCUGGGCGAACCGGUGCUGGAUUUGGCACUUUCCGAACCCUGCGACCCUCCCAAGUUCCUAUGGGGCAGCUUUGGGGGUGCGUUUAGCGCCGCCACGGCAAAGCAGGAGGUGGGCGAUAGGGGGCGCCGGGGAUCCAGGCCCCGCCCUCGGGGGCGGAGCCUCUCCUCCCGGACUCCUCCCCCUCCCGCUCUCCUCCCUCUUCCCGGCUCCAGCUCCGCCGCCAGCUCCGGCCUUUGCUCCCCCUCCCAAAGUCCCCUCCCCGGAGCGGAGCGCACCUAGGGUCCCUCUCCCGUCCCCCCAGCCCAGCUACCCGUUCAGACCAGCAGCCUCGGGGGGCACCCCCCCGCCAGCCUGCCUCCCUCCCGCUCAGCCCUGCCAGGGCCCCCCAGCCAUGAAUCUCUUCCGAUUCCUGGGAGACCUCUCCCACCUCCUCGCCAUCAUCUUGCUACUGCUCAAAAUCUGGAAGUCCCGCUCGUGCGCCGGAAUUUCAGGGAAGAGCCAGGUCCUGUUUGCUGUGGUGUUCACUGCCCGAUAUCUGGACCUCUUCACCAACUACAUCUCACUCUACAACACGUGUAUGAAGGUGGUCUACAUAGCCUGCUCCUUCACCACGGUCUGGUUGAUUUAUAGCAAGUUCAAAGCUACUUACGAUGGGAACCAUGACACGUUCAGAGUGGAGUUCCUGGUCGUUCCCACAGCCAUUCUGGCGUUCCUGGUCAAUCAUGACUUCACCCCUCUGGAGAUCCUCUGGACCUUCUCCAUCUACCUGGAGUCAGUGGCCAUCUUGCCGCAGCUGUUCAUGGUGAGCAAGACCGGCGAGGCGGAGACCAUCACCAGCCACUACUUGUUUGCGCUAGGCGUUUACCGCACGCUCUAUCUCUUCAACUGGAUCUGGCGCUACCAUUUCGAGGGCUUCUUCGACCUCAUCGCCAUUGUGGCAGGCCUGGUCCAGACAGUCCUCUACUGCGAUUUCUUCUACCUCUAUAUCACCAAAGUCCUAAAGGGGAAGAAGUUGAGUUUGCCGGCAUAGCCCCGGUCCUCUCCAUCUCUCUCCUCGGCAGCAGCGGGAGGCAGAGGAAGGCGGCAGAAGAUGAAGAGCUUUCCCAUCCAGGGGUGACUUUUUUAAGAACCCACCUCUUGUGCUCCCCAUCCCGCCUCCUGCCGGGUUUCAGGGGGACAGUGGAGGAUCCAGGUCUUGGGGAGCUCAGGACUUGGGCUGUUUGUAGUUUUUUGCCUUUUAGAGAAGAAAAAAAAAUCUUUCCACUCUUUAGUUUUUGAUUCUGAUGACUCGUUUUUCUUCUACUCUGUGGCCCCAAUUUUUAUAAAGUGUUUUUGAGUGUCCUAUGGGCCGGGGCAGGGUCCAAGAUCUUUUCCCUUCCCCAGGCCCCUCGGCUCCCUCCCAGAUCCCACCCCCAGCCCCACUGGUUGCCAAACACUAAAUCUGCCGACACCCAUCUGCCCCACCUCCUGCCAUGGCCAUGAACCGCAACCCCCACUAAAUUUCUAGAUUGGGGAUAGGGAGAAAGGGAGGCCCAGGAAGGUCUCCCCUGAUUUUUUUUCAUAGUAGUUUUUUUCCCCAGAGUUUGAAUUUUUUGGUCUUCUCCUGGUUUUUUGGCAAAUUAGGGGGGCCCAGGGCUCAAGUGCGGGAAGGGGGCUGGCCCGAGGGUCCCAUGGCUCUCACACCAUGUUUUUGUACAGAACUGAUGGUUGAAUCUUUGUUCUCUUGAAAUAAACAGAAGAAAAUGAAA